AUGGGAAAUACGCAAUUAUGGAAAAAACGCAAUUGUGGGAAAAAACGCAAAUAUGGGAAAAACGCAAAUAUGGGGAAAACCGCAAAUAUGGGAAAAACGCAAUUAUGGGAAAAACGCAAAUAUGGGGAAAAACGCAAAUAUGGGAAAAACGCAAAUAUAGGAAAAACGAAAAUAUGGGGAAACGAAAAUAUGGCAAAAACGCAAUUAUGGCAAAAACGCAAAUAUGGGAAAAAACGAAAUUAUGGGACAAAACGCAAUUAUGAAAAAAAACGCGAAUAUGGGGAAAACCGCAAAUAUGGGAAAAACGCAAUUAUGGGAAAAACGCAAAUAUGGGGAAAAACGCAAAUAUGGAGAAAAACGGAAAUAUGUGGUAAACGCAAAUAUGAGACAAACGCAAAUAAAUAUGGGAAAAACGCAAAUAAAUAUGGUGAAAACGCUAAUAGAUAUGUGAAAAACCAAAAUAAAUAUGGGAAAAACGCAAAUAUGGGAAAAACGCAAAUAUGGGAAAUGCAAGUAUGGGAAAAUCGCAAGUAUGGGAAAAUCGCAAAUAUUGGAAAAUUGGAUAUAUGGGAAAAUCGGAAAUACCAGAAAUUAGCAAACAAUGUAUGGGAAAAACGCAAAUAUGGGAAAAAACGUAAAUAUGGGAAAAAACGCAAAUAUGGGAAAAAACGCAAAUAUGGGAAAAAACGUGAUUACAGAAAAAAACGCAAAUAUGGGGAAAAACGCAACUAUGGGAAAAAUCCCAGUUAUGGAAAAAACACAAUUAUGCGAAAAAAAGCAAAUUUUGGGGAAAAAGGCAAUUAUGGGAAAAUACGCAAAUAUGGGAAGAAACGGAAUUAUGGGAAAAACGGAAUUAUGGGAAAAAACGCAAUUAUAAAGAAAAACGCAAUUAUGGCAAAAACAUAUUUAUGA